ACCCACUUACUUGUAAGGAUAGGAAAUGGAAAUGAUUGGUUUGCUUAGAGAGAGAGAGAGAGAGAGAGAGAGUAAAGGAAUGGAAGCAUAAGCCCAUCAGACCAUCUCGGUGUCCUGUUAAGAGCUGAGGAGCUGUCUGGAAUAUCUCCCUCACAUGCUUGCAUGGCUUACUAAGGCCAAGUGAGAUUUGGUUGUAUGUGUUGAUUCAGAUUCGCGAUAUCUCUUCAUCCUCCUCCCUUGUGGACAUGAUCUAAUGCUGCGGUUGAUUCCACCAUGGGUUUCUCAACCUUUCCUUUGCAUCUUCCUCCCCAGCAUAUCCUGUCAAGCUGCCAUUGUUCCUCUGCAGGCUUUGUUCUCCUUAUGAGCAAUUGCAAGCUGCAUAUGCUCGACUGAUCCCCAUUUGUUGGAUUCCUCUGAUGAUUAGUCUCAAUUAUGACAUCAUUACUGGAAUGAGGUUUGGCGUUUAUGGGGGUAAUAAUUGGAAGAGAGAAAGGUUGGUAGGGAGAAGAUGCUUGGCAAGCAGCUGAAUUGGAGUUUGCAGGAAUGGGCUCAAAGUUGCAUCAGAUUAAUAGAUUAUUCACCACCUUGCAAAAGAACAAAUGUAAUAUAGUGACUACAGGAUUGAAAUAUUCAGAUAUCAGGGCUGUAUCUGACAACAUUUCAGUAAAGGCAAGCAUCUUUUGCAAUCCGAACCAGAUUAAAGGUUCAAUGGAGAGACUUCUCCAGUGCCAUGACAGAAAUUCCAUAAGGAAUACAAUGCUACAUCAUGAAGAAAUCUUGAGGCAGCAGGUGCAUGAACUCCAUCAUCUGUACAGAGUGCAGAAGAUGCUGAUGGCUGAGCUCGGAAACAAGGAAAUUAACAUCAGCUCUUUCCCAAAUGAAACUGCAGCAGCAGUAGCAGAGACCAAGACCAGAAUCUGGAGCAGUGCUUCCACCUCGAACACUAGCCAUUCUUCUCAUGUCAGUAUCCUGCACCAGUCUGCAGCUUGCAGUGCAAGAGCAGGCCCAAGCUCCAGGGAGCUAAGCAUUUGCUCUGAGGAUCCAUCGAGUGUGCAGAUGAAGAGCUUUGGAGCAAGGACUGUCAAGAACCAGGCUGCAGCUCCACUCUCAUGGACUGAUGAUGGAAGCCAAACUGAGUUGACACUAAGCAUUGGUUGUAGUUCAAACGAGAAGAAACAAACACCUCUGCUGCAUCUGGAUACUGAUACAAAUGAUACCAGGCCACAGCUUUCGUCGAGAUCGGUCAUGGUGGAGAAGGAAGAGGAAUGUGGUGACUCCUCUACCGGUUUGGACAGUGAAGACUUGAAGACUCCCUCAUGGCUUCUUCUAGCUCUAAAUUUGAACAAGACAUGAGCUGCAGACACUGUCACUCCAUGUUGGUUCUUUGAACAAGACACUGAUGCUAGAUGUCAAUGGCAAUCAGGUUUUUCUAGGUUUCGAGGCUCAUUUUUUUUCUCUCACUUUUUCUUUUGUUUUGUCAUUGAGAAUUGAAGUGAUCUGACAAUGUACAUUAGCUUCUCCAAUAUAUUCUUGCAAUCAAUGUUCCUCUUGAA